UCUUUCCUCUUUCUCUACCUUCUUGUACGCUCAAACUUCCCCUCUCUCCUUCUGGUCUUCUUCCUCUCGCCUCUUGGCUUUCUUUUCUUCUUCCUUUUUUAAUUAAUUCAUUAAAUGGAAUGGAAUUGGAGUCUAUUGAAGGGAGCAUUCCACAUGGUAUAUGAAGCAAACAUUUCAAGGGUGCGCCAUCCAUCUCCAUUAUCAAUUUCAAAGGUGGGUCUUCAAUUCAAACCCUAGUUUUUAAUAUUUACAUCUGUUUUUGGAAUUAUGAAUAUACCGCUUUUCCGUUCGGAUUUGCAAAUUCCCAUCCCAAUUAAUAGCUCUUAGUGCUUUAAUUUUAAGCAAAAAUGAUAAUUCGAAUCUUGCUCUAAACUUAUCCCAGUUUAUAGCUCCCAAUUUGAUUACAUUUUAGAUUAUCUAAUCUAAAUUAAGUUUUUCUUGGUCCGAAAGUUUUGCAGAAAUGGUAAGCGACCAAACAAGUCUAAAAUAUGGAAACCUAAAGGAAUUUCUGGGUUUUUAGAUGAAAAAUUAUGAAAAUGAUAUGUGUUGAAGGGGGGUUGUGGGGGUGAAGACAUUGACCAGUUGAAAGGUGGAGGUAGUGAUUGUUAGGUUGCUUAAAAGAGUGAAUUAUUUAAGUUAAGUAUAAAAAGAAGGUUCUCUAGUCUUGCAUUUGAAGAAAAAUAGAAUCUGAAAUUCAUUAAACACCAAGUUGCUUACAUUUUCUGAUUAACCAAAAUUUCCAUACAAUCAAAAGAUAUUGAAAAUAACAAUUGUAUAUAAUUAACUGAUUUAUCUCAUCACCGGUUUACUGGAAAAAGUCACAUUGUUUUUGAAGUUUUGUGAUUUGUAUGGAACUUCUUAUAUUUUCAUUAAACUCUCCACUAACACAUGUGUAUUACACAAGAGUUUCUGAAGAGAAUAAGCAUCCAGUAAGUAGAACAACCCUUUCAAUUUCCCCCUUUUGUUACUAUUUGCCUCUUUUCAGUAAAUUUUUUUUUAUUAGAGAAAAUGAUGUGCGCCAAAUGGCAUUUCAGAUCCGCCAUGGCAGUCUAGCCAAUUUCCAAUCAGGAAUUCUUCCUCUGAAAUCAUCUUUGCUGAACUAUGCAUGCCUUAGAUGUCUUUGCGGACAGGGAAAUAUCUAUGCUAGACAAAUAAACUAAUCCAUUAGUUCUAUAAUUUUUUUUAUUUCUUAAAAAAUAGAUACGUAGUUUUUUAAGCCAAAUUUCAACCAAUUAUCUUAAUACAUGAACCCAAAAUGAGAGUUGUGGGAUAAUGUGUAAGAAAGAGGCUAAGAGUAUUCUCCCAUACCAUGAAGUAUAAAUUUGCAAGUCACACAACAAUACAUAUUGUUGUGGAAAGUCUCAUUGGCUGUUUGAAAUAUUUGAUUCUUUUCUUAUUCCACAAAAAAUGAAGCUUUUUUUAUAUGUCUUUCCAUCAACUUGGUAAUAGUUUGAUUGCACAUAUGGAUCAAUAUAUGUACCAGUGUAAAUUUGACGCUUUCUGGUUUAUAACAAAGUGGUGCAGGUGUGGGAGCUUUAAGAAACAGGUUCCUUGUUACCAAAAUAUAACCUGUGAGAGGAAGUGCUUGAAACUUCUGGAUUGCGAAUGACAUGCCUGCAAGCGUCGCUGCUGCGAUGGAGAGUGCCUACCUUGUUCUGAGGUCUGUGAUAGGAGGCUUCAGUGUAGAGACCAUAAGUGCCCUGCUCCAUGUCACAGGUUCUCUCUUUCUUUUUUCCCCUUUGUCAUCUUUGUAGAAAUGCUUGGGUGGCAAAUUUUGAUACUUCUAGUUCAGAUUCUGAAGAAUCAGAUUCAGAACAAGACUUUGAUAUUCAGAAUACUAAUAAGGUGAUGUUGCUUCUUCAACUGAACACUAAGUGAUGAUAUUUGAUAUUCUUCAAUCAAAAGCAUCACAACUGGGUAUGAUUCAGAACUUAUCGAAGAGCUGUCAGCACAUAUUCGCCAGAGGCUGUUACUUCCGAGUGGAAAAUGCUAUUGAAUCAUCAAGAAAGGUUCUGAUUUUUAUAGGACAUUUGGACUACUGUACCAUGAAUGCCUCUAGCAUACAAGAUUAUACUUUAGAAGUGCCAGGCUUAGAAUGUGAAGUGGAGAUCAAAAUGAAAUGAAUUCACACUAUAAUUGAUAGUUUUUAGACAAUGUAGUUAGUUUUUGGAAUUACGUAUUAUUUAACAAUUUUGAAUAAUAUAUUUAAAAAGUGCAUUUGUAUUUCUGCAUUGUUCUUGUAGUAUAAUUUGAGUAUUAUAUAAUGUAAUUUGAUUAAUCACUAUUGUAACAUCAAUCUAAUAAAAUUAUGAGGUGAUUGUAGAGCGCCCAAGUUAU